AUGACACACUCAACACCUGUACUGAUGUAUCAUGACCCACUCAACACCUGUACUGAUGUAUCAUGCCACACUCAGGUUAAAUCAUUCCUCGCACAGGUGUGUCAUGCUCCACGCUGGCUCACACCUGCAGUUCCGCCACGCCCCUGUCUCCCAGACUCCAUGUGUGCUGGCCAAGCACUCACUGUCGUAGGGCGGAGCCCUUCACUGGCUCCCUGGGGCUCAAUCCACUUCCCACCGACCCCGCCAGUGGCCCACCCGUCUCGGCUACUCCACCAAUCUGCUAAAGAAUUCCCCCUUCUCGCUCCUCCCGUCCAUGCCCCUCCAGCAAAAACCGUAGCCUCCCAGUACCUGAGCCACGCCCCCCAGGCCCUGACGUCAUCACCCAUCGGACCAAUCACCUCGCCGCUGCUCUCCAGCGCGGGUGCCUACUCUAAGGACGCCAAACUAAUGACUGAGGUGGAUAGUGAGCCCCGCAGCACCAGUCGACCAGUCAAGCCUGAUACAGUACCCUCCUCCAGAUCCUCCUUUGAGAGGUCCUCCUUCACCAUCUCCUCCCUGGUGGGCCGCAGCCUCUCCCCAUGGACCAACCACGCUGACGGUGGUAGUCAAGAUGCCCAGGAGAAAACUAAGGAGGAGGAAGAAGAGGAGGACGAGGAACACAUCGAAGUGGUAGACAACGUUGACGAAGCGCCGCUCAAUGACUCUCAAGAAACACAAGCGGAACACAGCCAAGACAAUAAGUCUCCCAUACCUCGUCUCCUGUCGCCGCCGUCAGCGCGAGACGACAGUCCCGUCGUCUGCAGCAGCCUCUAUGGUAAAAUGUCGCCGGUGAUCACCAGAGCGCCCGUACCGGAGUUCAGUAUGGCUCUCAACUUGACGUCGAAGCCAGAUGAAGGAACCACAUUUAGUUUACGUGAGCCUCUAGUUACCAGUAAGAUUAGCGAAACCGGAAGUUUAGGUCAAUCUCUGUCCCCUCGCGAGGCACAUAGUUUUCCCCUUAGUCGGCCCUUCCUGCCUUCCCUGCCUCUUCACAACCGAGACUCCCUUCUCGACCUGCCACGACCCCCUAGCCUCCCCCUGGGCCUCUAUCCUCCGCCGCCCCUCGUACUUUUCAAAAAGGAUGGCGAGGCAUCUUCAUCUACGAGUCUGGAUGCCAACCGCAACAGCCUGGCUGUGUCGUACCCAUCGUCACUGCCGUCGUCACUGAGCUACUCGUUCCCGUGGAGCAUGGCGGCUUCAGAGAGCCUUUUCCCAUGGUCACUACCAGGACACGGCUCGCUGCCCCUUGAUGGCUCCUUGGUCAAACCCCUGCCCCUAGGCGACGUGUACUCCUGCAUCAAGUGUGAGAAGAUGUUCAGUACCCCACACGGUCUCGAGGUCCACUCCAGACGAUCACACAACGGCAAGAGACCCUUCGCCUGCGAGUACUGCAACAAGACCUUUGGUCACGAGAUCAGCCUCACGCAGCACAGAGCGGUGCACAACGCUGAGAAGGUGUUUGAGUGCAAGCAGUGUGGCAAGUGUUUCAAGAGGUCAUCCACUCUCUCCACACACCUGCUCAUCCACUCAGACACCAGGCCCUACCCUUGCCAGUACUGUGGCAAGCGCUUCCACCAGAAGUCUGACAUGAAGAAACACACCUACAUCCACACUGGAAUCAUCGCACCGCUGUCGGGCCUCGCAUUAAAUAAUAACCAAGAAAGUAUAGAUAAGUUUACGAAGCAAUUUUGUGAUAACUUGAGAAAGCCUCUUGUGUUCGGCUUCAAGAAGAACACUGAGGUCCUCCUUCACCAUCUCCUCCCUGGUGGGCCGCAGCCUCUCCCAUGGACCAACCACGCCGACGGUGGUAGUCAAGAUGCCCAGGAGAAAACUAAGGAGGAGGAAGAAGAGGAGGACGAGGAGCACAUCGAAGUGGUAGACAACGUUGACGAAGCGCCGCUCAAUGACUCUCAAGAAACACAAGCGGAACACAGCCAAGACAAUAAGUCUCCCAUACCUCGUCUCCUGUCGCCGCCGUCAGCGCGAGACGACAGUCCCGUCGUCUGCAGCAGCCUCUAUGGUAAAAUGUCGCCGGUGAUCACCAGAGCGCCCGUACCGGAGUUCAGUAUGGCUCUCAACUUGACGUCGAAGCCAGAUGAAGGAACCACAUUUAGUUUACGUGAGCCUCUAGUUACCAGUAAGAUUAGCGAAACCGGAAGUUUAGGUCAAUCUCUGUCCCCUCGCGAGGCACAUAGUUUUCCCCUUAGUCGGCCCUUCCUGCCUUCCCUGCCUCUUCACAACCGAGACUCCCUUCUCGACCUGCCACGACCCCCUAGCCUCCCCCUGGGCCUCUAUCCUCCGCCGCCCCUCGUACUUUUCAAAAAGGAUGGCGAGGCAUCUUCAUCUACGAGUCUGGAUGCCAACCGCAACAGCCUGGCUGUGUCGUACCCAUCGUCACUGCCGUCGUCACUGAGCUACUCGUUCCCGUGGAGCAUGGCGGCUUCAGAGAGCCUGUUCCCAUGGUCACUACCAGGACACGGCUCGCUGCCCCUUGAUGGCUCCUUGGUCAAACCCCUGCCCCUAGGCGACGUGUACUCCUGCAUCAAGUGUGAGAAGAUGUUCAGUACCCCACACGGUCUCGAGGUCCACUCCAGACGAUCACACAACGGCAAGAGACCGUUCGCCUGCGAGUACUGCAACAAGACCUUUGGUCACGAGAUCAGCCUCACGCAGCACAGAGCGGUGCACAACGCUGAGAAGGUGUUUGAGUGCAAGCAGUGUGGCAAGUGUUUCAAGAGGUCAUCCACUCUCUCCACACACCUGCUCAUCCACUCAGACACCAGGCCCUACCCUUGCCAGUACUGUGGCAAGCGCUUCCACCAGAAGUCUGACAUGAAGAAACACACCUACAUCCACACUGGUGAAAAGCCGCACAAGUGCACGGUGUGUGGAAAGGCGUUCAGUCAGUCGUCGAACCUCAUCACCCACAGCAGGAAACACACAGGUUUCAAGCCCUUCUCCUGUGACCUCUGCGGCAGAGCCUUCCAGCGUAAGGUCGAUCUCCGCCGACACAAGGAAACUCAACACACCGACCUCCGCUCCCAGCAGGUCACCGACCUGAGGUCGCAAGUGACUGACAUGCGCUCCCCGGUCGCCGACAUGCGCUCCCCAGUAACCGACAUGCGCUCACCAGUCGCCGACAUGAGGCCGCAAGUGACGGAAAUUAGGUCGCCGAUCUCAGACAUGAGGCCGCAGCUGACGGACAUGAGAUCGCAGAUGUCGGACGUCAGGUCACAAAUGUCGGAAGUCAGGUCGCAGAUACCGGAAGUGCGAAGUCCAGUUACCAGCCUGAGGAACCACCUCGGUGACCUCCACCCGCAUGUCAGUGACGUCAGGAGCCAGAUCACAGCGCACAUCACCGACAUCAGGAACCAGAUCAGCGACAUCCGGCCCUCGCUCAAUGAAAUCCGGUCAUCAGUCAGCGAUAUCAGGCCUCAGGUCACCGAGAUCCGGACCAAGGCCAGUGAGAACGGGUCCUCCGGGACCGGUAGUGACCUGAGGUCAACACCGAUAUCGGAUUUUAGGUCACAAGUGCUUGAUCUGCGACCCCAGGAGCUGAGGCCUCUCAGCUAGGUGUUGCUACACUAAUGAACUGCUGCAUCUCCAUCUGGGGACUUCUCCCAGACGGCCUCAACCAUCUGCUGUGGGCACUGCCACCAGCUAUGUUGACCCACACCAGUUUCCAGAUGGCCUCAACCAUCUGCUGUGGGCACUGCCACCAGCUAUGGAGACCCACAUCAGUCUACAGAUGGCCUCAACACCACCUGCUGGUGGGAACUACUACCAGCUGCAGUGUGACCCAUACAUCAGUUUCUCUGGUGACCUACUCCCGUUGCUGCGAUCACCAACUGUGCUAGCAGGGGGUCGAAUUUACUGGCCCUGCCUGGUAUCUAAUUGUUGCAGGGGCAGUCUUCAGCUGUUGUUGCCAUGACUACUUUCAGGUGCUGUUAGAACAAACUCCAUGUGCAGCUAAAGCCUUGAGGUGCUGCUAAAAACUCCAGAUGCUGUUUAAACAUCUCUAGAUGAUUUUAAAACACUCAAUGCUGUUUAAAUGACCUCCAAUAUUGUUAAAAUGACAUUUGGGUGAUAAAAACACCUGUAGGUGUGACAAAAUGAUCUUAAGGCGCAGCUAAAAUGACAUCCAAGUAGUUUAAAUGACAUCAAGACUUGUUUAAACGAUUCCAGGGGGUUUAACGGUUUUUAAUGCGGUUUAAAAGGCCUCCAGCUGCUGUUAAAACGGUCUUCAGGUUCUGUCUAAAGGGCCUCCAGCUGCUGUCAAAACGGUCUUCAGGUUCUGUCUAAAGGACCUCCAGCUGCUGUCAAAACGGCCUUCAGGUUCUUUCUAAAGGACCUCCAGCUAUCAAAACGACCUUCAGGGUUGUUUAAAAGACUUUUUGGUGCUGUUUAAACGACCUCAAGUCAACAGCAGCUGUGGAGCGUCUCUCACAUGGUAGCUUCAUGGUCACAAACCAGGCAGGAACGCCAGGCUGUGACCAGACUCACCAAGCCAGCACUAACAUAAACAAUCCAGGUGAUCUUGAUACAGGUAUCCCUAUACGGACAUGUUACAGUCUAGUCAUGAGCACCUCCAAGAGGCCUGACUCUCACGCUAACUCGCCAUGACCAUGCUAUGCUACCAACAGCCCAAGGAGAUGGCGUCUCAAAACCUCCUCCAAUAAAACUGACCAAAGACAAUGCCAAAUAAAGAAUUUUAUUACUCUUCAUCUUUUAAAAACUACCAUACCAUCAUAUUUUUUGACUGACAAAUUUCUAGUUUUGUCGUCAGCCAAGGUUUCUCAACAACGAAUUUAGUGGGUAGGUGUGAUUUACGGCAGUUAUCCCCGAGAAACGUGCGUUUUCCUUCUAGCUCAGCUUCGGGCCGUUGUUAUUGUUGGGUUGAGGGGUCACAACGGCCCUAUGGCCAUAUAAACCCUGGCCUCGGGGCGUUGUUGUUAUUGGGUUGAAGGGUUACGACGACCCUGGGGUUUCAUAAUCCCUGUCUUAGGGACGCUGUUGUUGUUGCCUUUAAGGUUUAUGAGGGCCCUGAGGCCGCACAAACGCUGGCUUCGGACCGUUGUGCUACUGUCUUGCUAGCAUUGUUAGCAAACUAGCAAGAUACAACACAUUCAGAGACCAGGGGAAAAGCACCAGCGUUUCUCGGAGCAUCGCUCACGACUCCUGUGGUUAGACUUACCUGUUCGUGUUACCUUCAUUUGUAAGUGUUGCAUUCAUCUUUAAAUGUUCCUAUAUUUUAAAUCUCACACAUCACUUCCUUUUCGUCGUACAUGGACUGAAUUCUGGAACAGAAUCUUCCCUGAGGUGGUGACAACCCCAUUUACCCUGCACACUUUCAGUCCUCUCCCCCAUCCCCCCCCGACCUGCCCAACGCUAUCAGUCUUGACUUAAGGACA